UCUGUCCUGCGAAGCAGCUUCAGCAGUGUUGUAUCGUGCGGUACAUUCCCCAUCGCCAUCGCCAUCGCCAGAAAGUGCCAUAGUGAUCGUUAAGCGCAACAGCAGCUAGUGAAGUGAGAUUCAAUUUUCGGUGGAUUCAUCACAUCGCCCCAGCGCGAAUCCGUGUGCUGUGCUGCAGGAAGUGAUCGUCCAGCGGAGUGCAAUUAUCGAAAAGCUCAUUAGAAGCUCGUUACGCGACGGACACAUUGUGCCGAGAGACAAUACACAGGCGGCGACAGAUCGUUACGGCAGCUUGACACUUCGACGCACUUUCGGAGCGCAGGGGCCCAGGCAGCGAAGAAGAAGCAAACCGAACCGAACGGAUCGAAACAAAAGCGCACCUUGACAUUACGUCAGUGGUGUCGGUAGCGGCACAACCGGUGACAGGAUGUCGUCCUGUGCGUGUCCUAUGACGAGCCCCGUCGGGGCAACGCUUGCGGCACUGUGCGGCGGUACGCAGUACAUGCUGUUUAUGGGACUGCUGGAGGUGUUCAUAAGGUCACAGUGCGAUCUGGAGGAUCCUUGCGGACGUACCAAGGCGAAAUCAUCCCGAAAUGUGGACUACGAGUAUGACUUCAUCGUUGUCGGUGGCGGAUCGGGCGGUUCGGUAAUCGCGUCGCGGCUGUCGGAGAUCAAGAACUGGAAGGUACUCCUCAUCGAAGCAGGACCGGACGAACCCACCGGCGCCCAGAUUCCGUCCAUGUUUCUGAACUAUCUGGGAAGCGACAUCGACUGGAAGUACAACACGGAACCGGAGCAGUACGGAUGCCUUGGUUCGCCGGAACAGCGCUGCUACUGGCCGCGCGGCAAGGUGCUCGGCGGUACCUCGGUGCUGAACGGCAUGAUGUACAUACGCGGUAACCCGCAGGACUACGACGACUGGGAAGCGAUGGGCAACCCGGGCUGGAAGUGGAAGGAAGUGCUGCCGUACUUUAUGAAGUCGGAGGACAAUCUGCAGAUCAACGAAGUCGACUCGAAGUACCAUUCGACGGGCGGUAUGCUUCCGGUGGGACGUUUCCCGUACAAUCCACCGUUCUCGUACUCGGUGCUGAAGGGUGGAGAGCAGUUGGGCUAUCAGGUGCAGGAUCUGAACGGUGCCAACACGACCGGUUUCAUGAUAGCGCAGAUGACCAACAAGAACGGCAUUCGGUACAGUGCCGCACGUGCCUUCCUGCGUCCUGCUGUCAAUCGGGCCAAUCUGCAUAUUCUUCUGAACACCACCGUCACCAAGGUGUUGGUACAUCCGACGUCCAAAACGGCGCACGGUGUCGAGAUUGUCGAUGAGGAUGGCCACAUGCGGAAGAUUCUCGUCAAGAAGGAAGUGAUCGUGAGCGGUGGUGCGGUCAACUCGCCUCAGAUUCUGCUGCUGAGCGGUAUCGGACCAAAGGAGCAUCUGGAGAAGGUUGGAGUGCGACCGAUCCAUGAUCUACCGGGAGUUGGUAAGAAUUUGCACAACCACGUCGCGUAUUUCAUCAAUUUCUUCCUGAACGAUACGAAUACGGCCCCACUGAACUGGGCCACCGCCAUGGAGUACCUGCUGUUCCGUGACGGACUGAUGUCCGGGACGGGUGUGUCGGCAGUGACGGCGAAGAUCAGCUCCAAGUACGCGGAACGACCCGACGAUCCUGAUCUUCAGUUCUACUUCGGCGGCUUCCUGGCGGACUGUGCCAAAACCGGCCAGGUCGGUGAGCUGCUCAGUAACGAUUCUCGUUCGGUGCAGAUCUUCCCGGCCGUGCUGCAUCCAAAGAGCCGCGGGCACAUCGAGCUCAAGUCGAAUGAUCCGCUGGAGCAUCCCAGGAUUGUGGUGAACUAUCUGAAGGAGGAUCACGACGUGAAGGUGUUGGUUGAGGGUAUCAAGUUUGCAGUGCGCCUCUCCGAAACGGAUGCCCUGCAAGCGUACGGUAUGGACCUGGACCGAACUGCCGUCAAAGCUUGCCAAGACAAGGAAUUUGGAUCGCAGGAAUACUGGGAGUGUGCCGUUCGGCAGAAUACCGGUGCCGAGAACCAUCAGGCGGGUUCGUGCAAGAUGGGCCCCACCAGCGACACGCAGGCAGUGGUCGAUCACGAGCUCCGGGUGCACGGCGUGAGGAAUCUGCGGGUCGUCGAUGCAUCCGUCAUGCCGAAGGUGACCUCGGGCAACACGAACGCACCGAUCAUCAUGAUCGCCGAGAAGGGUGCCCACCUUAUCCGCCGAGCGUGGGGCGCUCGCUAGAGAACUGAUGCUUGCAGGACGGCUGCUCCUAGCAUUUACGGAAUGGGAUAGAUUCAUUUAUCACAUAAGCUCCUCGUUUAGGCACAAGUUCGUCCCAGUUAUUGCCAAGGUUCAGCAAGGAAAUGUAUGCGCGCACCCGAGGAAGUGUUCGAUUCUUUCGAAUGUAUUAUGCAUCUUUCAGCAAUCGUUUACGCUCCGUCUACCUCGAAUGGCAAACGAACUUCUUCUUUCAAACCAUCAUUAGACUGCGAGGUUCUCGUGGUUCGAAUAAUCCAACAGCGACCAGUGCCUGUUUUCUAUAGCUAAACAAUCGGCAUACAUUUCCCUACCCUCUAGGCAUGGCAAACCCGUCGCAUGUCCCGCUCAAAUUGUGUUAAUGUAAAGUUAAAUUAUGAAUAUCAAUAAAGAAUAACUAUGGUACAAUCGA